AUGCCACAGCAGCCGGGGCCGCGGCCGCUGGCCACGCAGGAGGUCGGCCCCACCAUGGUGGGAGACGAGCAUUCGGACCCCGGCCUCAUGAGCUUCCUGGGGGCCACGAAGAGGAACAUGCUGGGCAACCACUUCUGGGAGUACUACGUGAACGACGCACCGCGGGUAGUGCUGAACAAGCUGGAGAGCUGCGGCUACCGGGUGGUGAGCAUGACAGGCGUGGGCCAGACCUUGGUGUGGUGCCUCCACAAGGAAUAGUGAGGAAGACGUCGGCGUCCCUCCUGGACGAGAUCCCGCUGGGGAUCAUCUCACACGGGACUGACAGCAAACUUUUCCCCUCAAUUCCUUUCUGUCCCAGACUCCAGGCGCUCGGGCG